GAAAGUGGGGGCAUGGUCUCUUAGGUUUCUCCCUGCUCCUAUUUAAAUUCAUCAAUUAAUCAAUCGCAUUAUAUGCAAAUAUAGCUUUUACAGAGCAAAGUUACAUUUGUACAUAAUAUGAUCAAUCAAUGAAAAUCAAAGAAGUCGUCUUACACGACACGAACAAAUCUUUUGCAUCACUCUAUUACUCAGCACAUGCACGGUCAUGUGAGAAUCGUAAUGUAGCGGGCGGAAUAGCGAACAAGGCCGAAGGAAAAUAACUGAGGGUAGGGAUAGAGUGGGCAAAGUGGAAAUUAUUAUACCGAGUGAUCGUUCAAUUUUGGAAAUUUUGUUUACGAUAAGUAUCAAACGCAGAUCACAAUUUAUAAAUAAAAAGACGUUCGUAAACAAGUUAACGAAAAAUCCGUUCGAGAUUUUUGAAACGGACAGAGUGUGACGGUCGCUUGGAAAUUACAUCGCAAGUGAUAUAACCUGAAUGUAAACUAACCUCUCGAUACUUCGACACUUAUUUGACGCAGAGGAAACUUCUACAGCAAGAAACGUCGCUUCACAGCUCUUAAAAAACAAACUAUGUCGAAACGCAAGUUUGAUGAUAUGGAAGAUCCAUCUAAUAAGCAACCGCUUAAGAACUCACUGGACUCUGACGAAGAAGACGAUGAAGUAAAUGAGGAUACAUAUAAUGUUAUGAAUGAAGAUGAAUUUGAAGGUACAGAAGAUGGACCCUCAGCACCAGAAGCAAAUGUGGGAUUUACAGCAUUUAAUAUGAAAGAAGAGUUGGAAGAAGGUCAUUUUGAUAAAGAAGGACAUUACCUCUGGAAAAAGGAAAAACAAAUAAGUGAUAACUGGUUGGACAAUAUUGAUUGGGUCCAGAUCAAACCUGGUUCUACCACAAAUGUACAAAAAAGUACCAAAUCAAGCAAAAGUCAUGGAUUAGGAGACAGCGAUAGUGACGAUGAUGGAGAUAUUAUGUUUGAUCCCAUUCCAUUGUAUAAACAAAUCUUAGAAUAUCUUAAACCUGGUGAAACCGUUUCAAAGACAUUAUGCAGACUUGGUAAAGGGAAAAAGAAAUUAACCACAACUGAAAGAUGGAAAAAGAAAAAGGAAUCUAAGACACGUGAAGAAGAAGAAGAUCCAAAUUCUAUUAACAUAACAAAAUUAACAGAACUGGCGAAUGAAUUGUUAACGCGCACUGGUAAUAUGGACAUAUAUCAAGAAAGCUACGAACAGAUAAAAAAGAAGAUUGAACAAGGAGAUAAAUAUGCACACCCUUCGAAACAAGAAGCAGAAUUGGAUAUGUAUGCUGACGAUUUUGAUGAAAAGGAAAAAGCAAAGCUGGACGACGUCGAUAGUGGAAAGACAGCGGAAGCAAGCAAUGCAGAAGAUAGCAUAACGUGGGAUCUGAAAUGGUCCCAAGACGAAAAUGCAGAGAUACAUGGGCCUCAUACUAGUCAGCAAAUGCAUGCGUGGUCAAAGGAGGGAUACUUUAAAAAGGGUGCUUGGGUCAGAAAAACCGGACAACAGAAUCAAUUUUACAAUGCUGCUAGAAUAGACUUUGAACUUUAUCUGUGACACUUUGAUGCAAAAAUGUGAAUAAAUAAAUAUAAAAAUUGUCAAAUCACGAAACUUUUAUGAAAGUAACAUAUUUUGUCCCACAAUAAAAAUUAAACUUUGCAUAUUUUAUAUAGUUCCAAAAAAGUAAUGUAUUUAUGUGAUCGACUGACGCUGCGAUAUAAGUACUUAGAAUAUCUAUUUGAAACUGAAAAAAUAUAUUUUGAACUU